GGCGCACUUCUGUGUCAGGCACUGAACUGGGCUCUUGACGAGCAUCCUCUCUUAAUCCUCAGAACAUCCCGGGGAGUUCCACAGGGUCCUGUAUCCUGGGCCAUGAGUGAACUGAAGGACUGCCCCUUGCAGUUCCAUGACUUCAAGUCUGUGGACCACCUGAAGGUUUGUCCACGCUACACGGCAGUGCUGGCCCGCUCUGAGGAUGAUGGCAUCGGCAUUGAGGAGCUGGACACUCUGCAGCUGGAGCUUGAGACCCUACUUUCCUCUGCUAGCCGGCGCCUACGGGUUCUCGAGGCUGAAACCCAGAUCCUCACUGACUGGCAAGAUAAGAAAGGUGAUCGCCGAUUCCUGAAGCUGGGUCGAGACCACGAGCUUGGAGCUCCCCCCAAACAUGGGAAGCCAAAGAAGCAGAAACUGGAAGGAAAAGCGGGACAUGGGCCUGGCCCUGGCCCCGGACGGCCCAAAUCCAAAAACCUUCAGCCCAAGAUCCAGGAAUAUGAAUUCACUGAUGACCCAAUUGACGUGCCACGGAUCCCCAAGAAUGAUGCGCCCAACAGGUUCUGGGCUUCGGUGGAGCCCUACUGUGCUGAUAUUACCAGUGAGGAGGUACGCACACUAGAAGAACUACUGAAACCACCAGAAGAUGAAGCUGAACAUUACAAGAUCCCACCCUUGGGGAAGCACUACUCCCAACGCUGGGCACAGGAGGACCUGCUGGAGGAACAGAAGGAUGGGGCCCGGGCAGCAGCCGUGGCAGACAAGAAGAAAGGCCUUAUGGGGCCACUGACCGAACUGGACACUAAAGAUGUGGAUGCCCUGCUGAAGAAAUCUGAGGCCCAGCAUGAACAGCCCGAAGAUGGGUGCCCAUUUGGUGCUCUGACACAGCGCCUCCUACAGGCCCUGGUGGAGGAAAAUAUUAUUUCCCCUAUGGAGGACUCUCCUAUUCCUGACAUGUCUGGGAAAGAAUCAGGGGCCGACGGGGCAAGCACCUCUCCCCGCAAUCAGAACAAGCCCUUCAGUGUACCACAUACCAAGUCCCUGGAGAGCCGCAUCAAGGAGGAGCUGAUCGCCCAGGGUCUGCUGGAGUCUGAGGACCGCCCCGCAGAGGACUCGGAAGAUGAGGUCCUCGCAGAGCUGCGCAAACGGCAGGCCGAGCUGAAGGCGCUCAGUGCCCACAACCGCACCAAAAAGCAUGACCUGCUGAGGCUGGCAAAGGAGGAAGUAAGCCGGCAGGAGCUGAGACAGCGGGUCCGCAUGGCAGACAAUGAGGUCAUGGAUGCCUUCCGGAAGAUCAUGGCUGCCCGGCAGAAGAAGCGGACCCCCACCAAGAAGGAGAAGGACCAGGCUUGGAAGACUCUGAAGGAACGUGAGAGCAUCCUAAAGCUGCUGGAUGGGUAGCCUUCACCCCUGCCUCAGACUGUCUUCCCCUGGCCUGGGGGAAGGAGGGCUAGGGAGCCCACUUCUUUCCUUGGCCUGCCGGAACCCUAGGCCUGUGACUGCCUGUUAAUGUCAAAUGAUGACAGUCUGUAGAGGUCUGUGGCCCUUCCCUGAAGUCAUUGGUCUAGCUCUGUACAACCAGGACAUGGGAGGCCCUGUUGGGCUGGCCUGAGGCCCACUCUGUGCUUCCCCCUCUUUACUAUCCCCCACUCCCU